AUGAUCAACCUUGUUCAUGCACGCCAGCUACUGGCUGCUACCCACAAUGGAGUAACCAGCUAUAGGAAUAUUGGUAUAUUGGGAUGGGAUAGGGUAGUCCAAUCCUUGGAAGAAAUAUAUGGUCAAGAGAAAGAGAAACGACACCAAGAAAUUUUAAGCAGCCGCCUGAACGCCCAGUAUGAUGUCACGCAGCAGCACUCGCUGAAGAUCUGGAGGCAGAAGAAAAAGAAAGAAGGGAAAAAGGCCCUUGUCCCUUGCGGAGAUGCCACUCACAGGCUAGCAUUUACCAGCGGAGAGGAUUUUGGGUCCAGGAUGAAUCCAACUUACUCCAUAUGUCCAUUUCACCAGACUAUCAAGGCCGGGUUGCUAAGAUUAUAA